AUGGAAUCUUUAGAAGAGAUAUUAGCAGAUUAUUCGCGUUGUCUAGGGUCUCUAGACUGCGGGUUGCAGCAGCUGAGGGGGGCCCUCUCUGGUCUUGCUGCCAGACCUGCAGCAGCAGCAGCAGCAGCAGCAGCAGCAACAGAAGAAGCACCAACAGGUGCAGCAGCAGCAGCAACAGAAGAAGCAAAUGCUGAUGAAAAUGCACAUGCAGCAGCACUUCCUCCUCUGGAGGCAGCUCAACUCCACGUAGCCACCGCCUUUGCUGCCUGCUCUCUCUGCAUACCUGAAGACGCAGGGUUUGAACCCGCAGGGGCAUCCCGUUACAAAGGACCUCGCGCGAGUGCAGCAAUACAUGCAGAAGGAGAGCAAAGGCCUACUGCUAUUAAUGUUGCUGCUUCUCACCGAUUUAUUACCUUUCAUACAAAUAACAAACGGGGGCCCCACAAGAGAAAGGGGGGGCCCCCCAAUGGAGAGGGGGGGGCCCCCGGGGGGCCCCCCACAGGGGCACCCAAUAAUGAAGGGGGGGCCCCUAAUAGUGAGGGGGGGGCCCCCGAGGGGCCCCCAGGGGGCCCCUCCUCAGGGGCCCCAAAAAGAGAUGGGGGGGCCCCCAGGGGGCCCCAGAAGAAACGCCGUAAGCUGAAAGGAGUAUCAGAAAAUGCUGAGGGAGACAAUGGAGAUGGUGUGGGGAGGAACAGCAGCAACAGCAGCAGCAGCAGCAGCAGCAGCAACAACAACAACAACAGCAGCAGCAGCAACAACAACAGCAGCAGUAUUAGUAGUAAUAGCAACAAGAAGAAGAAAAAAGGGAAAGUAGGACCGAACCCCGAGAUGUCUGCCGCAAGAGCAGCAACAUACUAA